UGCCCAUGGUUUCAUUUCUCUAUCCGAAGUCGAGUCAAAAGCAACCCACUACUCGCCACAAUGUCUUCGAGGACAUAUGCCUUGGGCCUCCUCUGCCUUUUGGCCUUCUUUCAAGGAAUUACCGAAAAUGAAGCCCAGGCAGUGGAAAUUUGUAAUAGUAUUAACGGAGUCACUGUCAACCUUACACAAUUCUCUGGAAUUUGGUGGGAGGUGGCUCGUCAGCCGGCAGGUACUGACUUCUGCACUGAGGUGAACAUUACAGUGCUGUCAAAUAAAACGGAGGAUAAUGUUCUGAUCGAUACCACAUAUGCCGUGUCACCUGAUUACCCUUGGGUGAAUCAAACCAUGAAUGCCACCCUCACCGUGGAUGACGAUACUGACUUCUCUUCUGGCUUCAACUUCACCUACUGGAAUCCACCCGGCUACACUCCUUAUACAGUGUACAAAGUCCUUCAAACUGACUACGACAACUAUGCCUUCAUUUGUGGCUAUACAAAUCAGACAGAUAGUGCAACGUCCUUUGGCAUUAUCCUGACUAGGGAUCGUGUUCUCACAACCGAUGUCCUUGACAAGUUGGAGAGCAAUGCUACUGGUAUAUCCUCAAACUUUUUGAACGGCACCAUGUCAACGAUAACUCAGGGAGAAACUUGCUAUGCCCCAUCAGGAGCCAGCUCUCCUGCCAUUAUUUCCAUGUUGCUGAUUGCCUUGGCCUUUGUUCUUGGAGUUUGUGCUGACCGUCAGUCAAUUUAGUCAGCAACGAAGAUAGCCAACGAUUUGGUUCGCCUAUAAACCAGAUACGUAUCUUAACUUAAAUUUUCAUUUGCGUUAACAAAAAACAACUUUAAAUUCAUGUCUAAACAAAUAUUUAAACCUUUCCUAAACUUACGUAAGCAAAAAGUAAUACGUAAGACUUCGAAAUUCCAGAUUGGUAAUUAUUAAAAAUGUUUUUUUAUCACAAUUCCGAGUUUUUGCAAUGUUUAAUCUGUUUUUCAUGCAUGCUUGCAUGCUUGUUUUUGUUUUCAUUAAUGACUCACUGUCUGGCACUGAACUGAUAAAGCAAUUUAAUCCAGAAACGAAGACGUUUCCUCUCUAUAUAUAUGUAUAUUUUGUACGACUUGAUGGAUGAUCACUAAAAGGUUUAGAUAUAACGCAGAGUGGAAGACGACUUCAAUUAAUUUAAUACUUGUUUAUGGUAUCUGCGAGUAACGAUAACAGAACUUACCUUGUUUAUGGCACUGCCGAGUGUAAGGAAUGACUAAUGGGAAAUAGCACAACAACAACACUCAGACGGGAAGAGAACUCUGAUAAAACUUAAAGGGGAGAGAUAUUAAGAGAGAGAGAUAUUAAGAGAGAGAGAUAUUAAAAAAUACGCAGAAUUUUCCUAUGUAAAACUCAAUCUAACCGCAGAAAUAUGAAUAAUUCAAUGAAUGAGACAGUAAACAGAAAUAAUUAUU